CGAUAUCGGUGUCUCAUUUUGAAGUGUCACGCAAUGAAGACAGUCUGCCUCUAAGUACCUUCUUUGAUUCAAGAUGCCUUUUUUUGAUCUGAAAACAAAUGUUAAGGAUGUUCCAGCUGAGUUUCAUAAGGAGACCACAGACUUCAUUGCAAAGCUUCUCGGAAAACCAAAUUCAGUGGUUGGAGUAAAUGUUGAUGCCGGUGCAAGGUAUACAUUUGGAGGGACUGACGACCCAGCUGGAGUUGUUAAUAUUCAUUCUGCAGGAAGUUUAGCAGCUGAUAAAAACAAUUCCUCUGCUAAAGCAAUAUCUGAACACCUUCAGAAACAUUUCAACAUCCCAAGUGGCAGGCUUCUCAUCUUCUUCCAUGAAUUGCCAAGAACCCAUGUAGGUUUUAAUGGAAAAACCUUGGCAAGUUAAGUUAGUCCAAAGUCUGUCACAAACUGACCAGAGAAAUAAAAAGUGUCAAACUUGUAAUUUUGGUAAAUAUCAGUAGACUAGAAGCCAUCCCUCAUUUUUUGGUGGUCUGUCACCAAGUAAAAAAAAAAAAAAAGAGAGCAAAGAAAGAUUGAUGUUUGAGCACCAUGGAAAACUGGGAGUGAAGUGCAUGAAAAUUAGGGACUACAGAUGAAGCCUGAGAGUUUGAACCAUUUUUUUGUGGGCCUCACUUCAUGGGUUCUGACCAACACACUAUCUUUUUUUUUUUUUGACUUACAAAACAUACUUUGUGGAAAGGCAGGGAAUACUCGUACUCUAACAUCAGUUGAGGGAACACUGAAAAAUAAAAGGCAACAAAAUGUA